AUGGCCAUGGCCGAGGUGGAGGUUUACGCGCGGCUACAGAAAAUAAACAUAGCCACUAUGCCCCUACCUCUGAGGAAGGAUGUGAUUCAGUUCCGUCUAGCCAUUACUGAGGCCCGCAACGAUUCAUCUGAUUUCCCCUGGAGACCAUCUCAUUCGUGCGCAAUUAUGAUCCUCGGAAAGCAAUUUUUCUUUAUCACAGCAGCUCUGGCCGCGUGGGCCAGCGCCGCUCCUCCUCUAAACCCUCCUACUUCCAUUGUAUCCAGUCUUCCAUCGGGUGCUGUCUUAUCUUCCAAUGACACAGUUAUCGAUGACCCUGAUCCCGAAAAGCUUCCACCCCUGGAAGGUCCCGGAGUGACCCUCGACCCGUCGGACUGCCAUGCCGACGACCAGAACAACAUAGCUAGAUCAGUGCCCAAAGCCUCUAAGGGCUGGCAGGUUGUUGAGACGCAGGAAGUUAAACUUGCACGGGCAAGAAUCCAACGACUGCAGAGGAGUCUGAAACUCAACCCAAAGAGUCCACCGGAGCAUUCUUUGAAAAAGCAGUGGAUAACCACCUGCGCACCUUAUUGGACCUACUGCACUAUUAAUUCAGGAUUCUUUAAAAAGCAUCUUAUGGUUCAGACCUCAAAUGUGAAUGUGUUCUUUGUGCGCAACAUUGAUGCACAAAUCUCUUCUCCACCUCAAGCCGUCACCAAUCUCAAAUCAACCAAGGCAAUUGCAGUAAUGCGAUCAAGGACAGUGGGCUGGAAAGUUGGUGUCAAGGCCACGGUUUCUGGCACUGGCAAAGGCGUUACAGGGACCCUGGAAGCCUCAGCUGAAUAUUCCAACACUAAUACUGCUGGAAGAACUGUCACUACAACCAAUGAGCGCAGUAUUACGUGUCCCAAGGGAAAGAGAUGCUCUUUCCAAACUUGGAGCUUCCAUGUCAGAAUUAAGGGGAAAUGCCGCCAGCAACAAUGGGUUCACUGUUCUGGAGAAACAAAUAUGUGUGCACCGUUCCAACAACGCUGGUGGUUCCCACAUACAAACUGGAAUGCCUGCGCGGCUUUCAAACGACGGUACGAGAGAGGCUGCUUGAGUGCACAAUCAAAGCGGCUGGUGGACUGUGAGUUUGAGGUGCCGAUUCUCAACAGUGCGGGAAAUCAACUCGUUGAGCAACACACUAUUCUGGAGAAACGAAUCUAA